AUGUACGAAGGGAUUGACAACCUGAAGUCCCUUUACGACCGUGCCGGGAAGACUUUCUCCGGCGGUCCUUCUGCGGCACAGGAUGUGCCGCGUCGUACUGCUCAACCAGACCCAGUACGUCAAACAGUUGAGAGCGGGGCUCCCAAGAAUCCCAGGACGGGGGAUAGCCGCGCCACCGGACGAGAUAACUCGUCCGACGUCCGUUCACGUCGCGGUGGUUCAACAGCUGCUUAA